AUGGAUUGGGUCGCUACUGGCCAUAAAAGGUUGUUAGAAUUGAGUGAAAUGGAGGAGUUCCGAGCACAAGCAUAUGAGAAUGCUAAGCUGUACAAGGAAAGGACCAAGAGUUGGCAUGAUAAAAGAAUCAUGUUGCGGCAACUUGAACCAAGACAACAGGUCUUGUUAUUUAACUCGAGGCUCAAAUUGCUUCCUGGUAAAUUAAAGUUUCGUGGGUCAGGUCCUUUUGAAGUAGCCCAAGUGUAUCCUCAUGGAGUUGUUAAUAUCAAAGACUUGAAAAUGGGGGUCACAUUUAAGGUUAAUGGGCAAUGCUUGAAACACUAA